GUGAAGCUGCAGACCGGCCCUCACCGCCGGUGGCGAGUAACAGACUGCGGUUUCAAGGCGUAGCGCUUCACCAGUCCACUGGCUCGUGUGACGCAGAAAACAGCGGUUCGGGAGGCGCCGACGGCGGAGCGCGGGCCCCAAAACCAGCAGCCUCAGCAAAACCGCGGCGGCGCGGCAUAACUCUAAAAAAUGGCGCCGCUUGUGGAUCGAUUAAGAGAUUUGGGAUACCUCGAACAACUGGGCAGUGACGCGCUAGUAGAACGCCUCCUGGAAGACGUGCUCAAGACGACGCGGUCCUACGAAUCCAUAAAAAGCCAGGAGGCCGAGGUCGCUUCCGAAUUAGGCGACCUGCGGGCCGCCUUGAUCCCCCUGCGCAAGGACAAUGCGAAACUCCAGCGGGAGACGAACGCGCUACACGCGGAACUGCUCGCGAAGGCGGCGUCGAGGAAUGACGAGGACGCGGCAGAAAGAGAAGCCCACGCCGAGACGCGACGAAAGUUAGUCAAGGCCAAAGGGCUAUUAGGUAAGCACGGCGUGACGUGGGACGAAAGUGACGACGUCAUCGGUGAUCCUACUUCGCUACAAGAUAGGAUCCGGGAGCUCGAGACGCAAUUAUCGUCAAAUGAAGAUCGACUGGAGCGGGCCGAGAAACUCUCGAGGGAGCGACGGAGUGAAGUGGACCGCCUGUCUGCUCUUGUGAGUGGUAGUGCCACCGCAGCUGGGAGUGGGCUGUCCGCGACGAUCGACGCCGAGCGCGCCGUCGACGCUCUCAGGAGACAAGUGAGGGCCUUGACCAUCGAGGUCGCCGAUAAAGAUAGCUUAAUUGAAAAGAGUGAAGAAGCCCAACGCAAGGCCGAGCAGGCCGAAGCCACGGCCGCGGCCGCGACCCAAGAGCUCGCGCGACGAGACGCGUUCGCGCGCGAAGGCGCCGACCAGGGCGCUAAAUUGUGCUCAGACGCGACGAAGCGCGCUGAAAGGGCCGAGGCCACUCUUACUACUCUAAGGGACGCCUUCGACGAGCAGCGCGACGGCCGGGCCACCGCCGCGUCAGCUUUGGCGGCGGUCUCGGCGGCCUUGGACGCGGCGUUGCAGAUGAAGGACGACGAACCCAUCGUUGUUAAGGAGGAGGUCAAGAACGAGGCCGCCUGGGACGCCGUCGCGCAAGCUCAAAGGAAACAAAAAGAGGCCGAGGCUGAGUUACUGGAAAUGAAAGCCAAGGAAGAAGCAUUGAACGCGACAAUUGCCGCGGACAAGAAGAAGAUGGACGCCAUGGCGCAGUCUCUGAAGCAGGCCGAGGCCGCCACCAAGGCUUCUCCGUACGUGGUCCUGGACGAGCCCGCGGCCGAGGGCUGGCGCGCGAAAUUCGAGGACGCGGAGCGACGCGCGUUGGACCUCGAAUCGAGAUUGGGCGGCGCGGAAGCGAGGGCCGCGGGCGCCGAGGCGGCCGCGGAAACUAGACAACGCAUCAUCGACACGCUGCAGUCGCAGAAGGCCGGCCAAGCGCCGCCGUCGCCGCCGCCCGUGCCUCGAUCGACGCAGCCGCGACCGUCCGUCGACCCGACGCCUCUCCUCCAGGAGCGGUCCAAGGUCACGACCCUACAAGCGGAGGUCAAAGAACGCGACGAGCGUCUUAAAGCUCUAGCCGCCGAGCUCGAGGCUUCAAAAUUACGAUCUGAAAGAGCUGAUAAAGCGUUGCAUGAACUGCGCGACAGACUCCAGAGGAGCGAAGACCAUAGGACCGAAGCGUUACAAGAAGCCGCGUCAGCGAAGGCGGCGGUGCAGGCCGCGGCCGCCGUCAGUGACGCGGUCGUGGAGACCGAGCAGCAAGAAACGCCGUCCGCCGCAUUAUCUACUAGACACGCAUUAGAUGAGGCCGCCCUCGAAGCGGCCCAGGACGAAAUAGCUCAAUUAAAAGCCGUCGUCAAGCAGAUCGAAGGCACGCGGUCGCAGAUGCGCGACGAAAGGGCGCGAGCUUUGAAUGAUGUGGAGAAGGCGCGACGGGCCUGCGCCGAGAAGGACGCCCAGUUCGCGGCGGAACGGGCAGGAGCGAAAGCUUCCUUGGACGAGGUGCAAAGGUUACGCAAGGCGCUAAAUGAACUCGACUGCGAGCGGGACGAGCUCGAAGCAUCCCUGAGAGCGCGAGACGAAAGUGCCGCGGCUCUGGAGGAGCAGUUGGCGCAAGAAUCGAAGAAGAUCGUCGAAGCGAAGACCGCCGAGGACGCCGAGGCGACGCGGGCGCGACGGUUGGAACGAGCACUCGCGUCGCGGGACGCGGAGAUGGCCUCGGCCAAUUUGAGAUUGGAUGCGCUGGGGAAGGCUGUUGCUGACGCUAGAAGGGCGUCGCAAGAUCGGGCUGAGUUGUUGGAAGCAGCUAGAGAUGAUUUACGAUGUAUGACGCGGGAAAACCAGGCCGUUCAUGCCGAAUUAGCGAAGACGGCGGAGCAGGCGAAGAAAGCGACCGCGGCGCAGCAACGGUUAGAUAGGGAUAGAGAGACUUUAAGGCAGCAGGCGCUGCGGGCGAAGGUCGAGCGCGACGACGCGCUACAUGUGUAUCGAGCUACUUGUAGAGAAAAAGAUGCGGCUCGCAAGGGUGCGGACGCCGCGGCGUUGGCCCAAGCUGAUUUAAGAGGUAAAUUGGACGCGGCGGAGCACAAGAUGCGGGCCAUGGAGGCCGAGCUCGAGAACGCGCGGAAGGACGCCUCGGCCUCGAACACCGCGGCGGGGUCCCUCGAACGGGAGGUCGCUCAGGCCGCGAAGACGUCUGAUGCGGAUCAAAGAACCAUAGACGCUCUGAGGGCGGAAAUACAACGCUUGAAGACCGCGCCUCCGGCCUUCGGCCAGGCUCCGCAGACGAUGCGAACCGGCGGGCCGCCGAUGCCCAUGCCGAUGUUUCCUGGCAUGCCUCGGUCGUCCCAUGGACUGCCGCCGCCGGCGUCGGCGCCGGGCGCGCGGCCGACGACGGCCGCCGGGCGCAUCGACGCGCUGCUGGCGCAGGCGCGCUUCGCGGCGACGAACAUGCCCGUGCCGACGGCCUAGUUUUGCUCAUCCCUCCUCCUCCUCGGCGCCGAGUAAGUCUCGG